AUCUGAUCUAAAAAUAUGUAUGAUGAUUGACAACUGGUAACAUUCAAGAAACUUGUUAAAAAUAGCCAACACGAAAGGAUACAAAAAGGAGGUCUACAAUGGAUUAUCUUGUGGCUGAUUCAAGUUUAUAUAAAGGGCUUAAUUCUCUUUUUCUUGGUUUUUGUGUUACCUCUCACUUGUCUCAAUUUGAAUCACUUCGUAACCACUUGCGGAUUCUAUAUCACAAAACAAAAGACGAACCUAAUUCAACCUUAGUUGCCAACUUUUCAAGAAAAGGUAUUGAUGUGCGUCCUGUCGAUUACAUGCACCCGAAUGAUCUUUCCAAGGCAUUUCAUAAAGUAGACCAAAUGAUUCUUACUGUCGGCAGUCAUCCUGAUAGAGUCAAGCACUGUCGACACCUCUGUAGAGUCGCUAUACGAUCAGGCAUACGCUCUAUUAUAUUUUUAUCACAUAUUGGUGCUCAUUCAAAAAAUCACGAAUCCCUUAAUAACUAUGGUUUGAUUGAAGAUUAUCUGGUAGAACAACAGCAAAUUUGCGAGGAACAAGACAUGGACAGAGGACGCAGCUUUAAUUGGACCAUUUUAAGACUUGAUUGGAUUCAGCAAUAUUUCCAUCUUUGGGCUUGCCAAAUUGAAUCUCGCAAGAGUAUAGGGUUGCCCCUUGCUCAUGAUACCAAGAUUUGCCCAGUGGAUAUCUCUGAUGUAUGCCAUGUUGUCGCUUCUCUUGUGACUAACCAAGAGGGCUCUCUUUUAUCUGAUGUGCAUGAUGUGCAUGCAAGUCAAUCCUAUACGCUGACUGGUCCUGAGGCAAUCACAAGUAAAGAAUUGAUAGACAUGAUUUCACAUGCAACUCGGUUUAAACAAAUCAAAUAUCAAAUGAUGCGUCCUAUGGAUACUGGUUUUUACUUGAAGAGCCUUAGUCACAACAUUUGGUAUGAUGAGCGUAUAAAGAAAGAAAAGUCUCGCAUUUAUUUCGACUCACUUGAUAAUGGACAUAUGUAUCGAUUGAAUGCAUUUACUGUGCCCAAUGAUGUACACGUACAGAGAUUUUUGGAUUAUUUCGAUUGGGUUAGCAAGACUUCUGGUAGUUUUCCUGUUGAAGACACCAGGCUUCUAUUGACACAUAAAGAACCAAGUUCUAUUCAAGACUUUUUUUUAGAGAAUGCAAACAGUUUUAAGCCUAGAGUUUAAAGGAGAAAGACGUCUAAUUAAUAAACUACACUUUAGGAGAAGUUUUAUUGACGC